AUGAGCGCGAUAACGCUAGUCGAGAUUGCCGAGAUGGUAGCCAACGUCUCGCGACAGGAAUACGUCGCCGACUUCCUCAAGCACCAAGUAUCGAGACUCUAUUCGAGAGAGACAUGUUGGCCACAAUCUGGUGUUUCUGGCCUUCUAUACCUGUUACGCGCGAACCUAUCCGAGACGCAGUCAUGGAACAACAGUUAUAUAGAACAUGGGCCAUACCAUUUCAACAGCACUGGAAACACAUACACUGUGGACUUUGCUAAGAAAGAGUUUAUUGUCAACGGCGUGGACCAAGAUUCGUAUAUCACCUUGUCUUAUGUUCAUGGGUUGAGUAUGAUUAUUGCCUUCUUCUUGGUCUACCCCAUCAUCUUACUGAUGGAGUCGAGCACGGUGCUUUGCGAUCUUAUCAAUCGACCAGUAGCAAAGAUAACGGUUCAGAAGUGGGAGUCAGCCCUACGAAUCCUCGUCUUUACACCUCUCGUCAUCGCGGGUUUAGUGACGGGAAUCCUCGGGAUGGGCUCAUCAGAUCAUUUUAGGACAGAACAUGGGGUCAUCGGAGUUAUCACGGUAGUCUUUGCAGGCUUCGUAUCUAUCCUAUACUUCUUCGGUUUCUGCUUCGACAACCGUAUGCGUCGAACUGCACGCGGUAUGCGCUGGCUUCAGAAUGCUCACUACUUCGACAUGUUUGUCUGUCAAGUAAUUCUCAUGCUAUCUGGUUUCGUACUCACAAACGGCUUUGACGAUCUCUCAGUCAUGGGUUUGUGUUAUAUCGAGAUUUCUACCGCAGGGGCAGUUUCCCUUGGCAUGAUUGCAGCUUUUGUAUGGAAUAGUUCUAUGGUUCUGAUGACAGCCCAGUGGUUUCUUAGCAGCCAGCCUUUGUUCCAACAACCAAGUUCCAACAUCACUUCUCAAGACAACACUACACAACACAGCACGACAACACAACUCGACAAGAUGGCGAUCAAAGAUGGCGGAAAGAAGCUUAGCCAAAUUCCAGGCCCCAAAGGCCUUCCUGUCCUCGGUAACCUCUUCGAUAUCGACCUCAACAACUCCCUCACAUCCCUAAUAAACAUUGGUCAAAAAUACGCACCCAUCUUCUCUCUAGAAUUCGGUGGCGAAAGAGAGGUUAUGGUAUGCAGCCGCGAUCUCCUCGAAGAACUAUGCGACGAAACAAGAUUCCACAAAGUCGUGACCGGCGGUGUUGACAAGCUGCGACCUUUGGCCGGAGAUGGUCUCUUCACAGCACAACAUGGCAGCCAUGACUGGGGAAUUGCACAUCGUAUUCUCAUGCCGCUUUUCGGACCUCUCAAGAUUCGAGAAAUGUUUGAUGACAUGCAAGAUGUCUCUGAACAACUGUGUCUGAAGUGGGCUCGUCUAGGACCCUCAGCGACCAUCGAUGUAGCCAACGACUUCACCCGCCUCACACUAGAUACCAUCGCCCUAUGCACAAUGGGAUACCGCUUCAACAGCUUCUACAGCAACGAAAAGAUGCAUCCAUUUGUCGACAGCAUGGUCGCCGCCCUCAUCGACGCCGACAAACAAUCCGCGUUUCCCGACUUCAUCGGUGCAUGCAGAGUCAAGGCAUUGGCCGCAUUCCGCAAGCACGCCGCUAGUAUGAAGGGCACAUGUAACGAGCUCAUCCAGGAACGACGCAAGAGCCCUGUCGAGGGAACAGACAUGCUCACUGCCAUGAUGGAAGGCAAAGACCCCAAGACAGGGGAGGGCAUGAGUGACGGCUUGAUCGUACAGAACCUCAUCACUUUCCUCAUCGCUGGACAUGAGACCACCUCAGGUCUUUUGUCGUUUGCCUUUUACUAUCUCCUCGAGAACCCUCGUACCCUUGAGAAAGCUAGGGCAGAAGUCGACGAGGUUGUUGGCGAUCAGAGCUUGAACGUCGAUCAUCUCACAAAGAUGCCAUACGUCAACAUGAUCCUCAGAGAGACUCUCCGCCUGAUGCCCACUGCCCCGGGAUUCCAUGUUACACCCUACAAAGAUGAGAUUAUUGGCGGCCAGUACGCUGUCCCUGCUAAUGAACCCUUGUUCUGCUUCCUCCAUCUUAUUCAUCGCGACCCCAAAGUCUGGGGUGCCGAUGCUGAGGAGUUCAGACCUGAACGCAUGGCUGAUGAGUUCUUUGAGGCUUUGCCCAAGAAUGCCUGGAAGCCUUUCGGUAACGGUAUGCGAGGUUGCAUCGGCCGUGAGUUUGCCUGGCAAGAAGCCAAGCUGAUAACCGUCAUGAUCCUACAGAACUUCGACCUCUCCAAGGCCGAUCCAAGCUAUAAGCUCAAGAUCAAGCAGUCUCUCACCAUCAAGCCCGACGGUUUCAACAUUCACGCCAAGCUUCGCAACGACCGAAAGGUCUCUGGUCUCUUCAAGGCUCCUAGCCUGUCAAGCCAACAGCCCAGCUUGUUCAGCCGUCAAAGCAUCAACCCCAUCGACGCCAAGGACUUGAAGCCUAUCUCCAUCUUCUACGGCUCCAACACCGGAACCUGCGAAGCAUUGGCACAGAAGCUAUCUGCUGAUUGCGUCGCUUCUGGAUUCAUGCCUUCCAAGCCUUUGCCUCUUGACAUGGCUACGAAGAACCUUUCCAAGGACGGCCCUAACAUCUUACUCGCCGCUUCCUAUGAUGGAAGACCUUCGGAUAACGCGGAAGAGUUCACCAAGUGGGCUGAGUCUCUCAAGCCUGGGGAGUUGGAGGGUGUCCAAUUUGCAGUCUUUGGAUGUGGUCACAAGGAUUGGGUUUCCACAUACUUCAAGAUCCCCAAGAUCCUGGACAAGUGUUUGGCAGACGCCGGCGCAGAGCGACUUGUUGAGAUCGGUCUCACAGACGCCAGCACUGGUCGCUUGUACUCCGACUUUGACGACUGGGAGAACCAGAAGCUCUUCGCCGAACUAUCGAAGCGUCAAGGUGUCACGCCAAUUGAUGACUCCCAUCUCGAGCUGAACGUCACCGUCAUCCAGCCCCAAAACAAUGACAUGGGCGGUAACUUCAAGCGCGCCGAAGUCGUCGAGAACACACUCCUCACAUAUCCUGGAGUCUCUCGCAAGCACAGCCUGUUGCUGAAGCUGCCCAAGGAUAUGGAGUACACGCCUGGUGAUCACGUUCUGGUUCUGCCCAAGAACUCGCCUCAGUUGGUGGAGCAGGCCAUGUCGUGCUUUGGAGUGGAUAGCGACACUGCGUUGACAAUAUCCUCCCAGAGGCCGACGUUCUUGCCGACUGAUACCCCAAUUCUCGUCUCUAGUCUUCUCAGCUCCCUUGUUGAGUUGUCUCAGACUGUUAGCCGGACAAGUCUCAAGCGACUGGCUGACUUUGCUGAUGAUGAUGACACAAAGGCAUGCGUUGAGCGUAUUGCUGGUGAUGACUACACCGUUGAAGUUGAGGAGCAGCGCAUGUCCCUUCUUGACAUCCUACGCAAGUACCCGGCCAUCAACAUGCCUCUGUCUACAUUCCUCUCCAUGCUUCCCCAAAUGCGUCCCCGAACGUACUCCUUUGCUUCGGCGCCUGAGUGGAAGCAAGGACAUGGUAUGCUUCUGUUCUCUGUCGUCGAGGCUGAAGAGGGAACAGUUUCUCGACCGGGCGGUCUUGCGACCAACUACAUGGCUCAAUUGAGACGUGGCGAUUCUAUCCUGGUGGAACUCCGACCUUGUAGGCCGGAGCUGCGCACAACGAUGAUGCUUCCCGAACCCAAGGUGCCAAUCAUCAUGAUCGCUGUAGGCGCUGGGCUGGCACCAUUCCUUGGUUACUUGCAGAAGCGCUUCUUGCAAGCACAGAACCAGCACACUGCUCUCCCACCUUGUACUCUCCUCUUUGGUUGCAGAGGCGCAAAGAUGGAUGAUAUCUGUCGUGAUCAACUCGACGAGUACUCUCGCGCGGGAGUUGUCUCUGUUCACCGAGCGUACAGCCGAGAUCUAGACUCCCAGUGCAAGUAUGUGCAGGGCUUGAUCACAAAGCAUGGCGAAACUCUAGCCAAGCAGUGGGCUCAAGGUGCUAUUGUCAUGGUGUGCAGUGGGAAAAAGGUAUCUGAUGGGGUGAUGAAUGUUCUGAGCCCAAUCCUGUUUGCUGAGGAGAAGAGAUCAGGAAUGACAGGUGCAGAUAGUGUUGAUGUUUGGAGACAGAACGUGCCCAAGGAGCGCAUGAUUCUGGAGGUAUUUGGGUAA